UCAAAUAUAUUUAUAAACCGUAGAACUACCAUUUCGCUCUGCUUUCCCGCAAGUCACACCGAUACUAUAUUACAACGCCGCCCGUCCGCAACCUGUUCCGCUCUUCCUUCUCACAUAUAAUCGCUCGCACUCUCCACUCUUCGCCGCCGCCUCCAAAUUGAUCGAUCUCCAAAAACACUCACCAAUCAAUCCCACAACCACACCGCCGGCUCCAUCAUUACCACUCAACACACUAACCAAUGGUAACGACACUCCUCCGAAGCAAUGGCCGCCUCCUUACUCUCCUUCUCCUGCUCGGUGUCGCCGAUUUCGCGGCAGCGCAGGGGCAGCAGCAGCCGCCGCCUGGGGGCUACUACUCGCCCAGCUUCAACCCUUCCAUGGCCAUCGUCAUCGUCGUCCUCAUCGCGGCCUUCUUCUUCCUCGGCUUCUUCUCCAUCUACAUCCGCCACUGCUACGGCGACGGCGCGGGCGGCUACUCCACCAACCCGUUCCCGAACGGAACGGCCGCGCGCUCGCGGCGCCAGCGCGGGCUCGACACGGCCGUCCUCGAGACCUUCCCGACCAUGGCGUACGCCGACGUGAAGGCGCACAAGGCCGGCAAGGGCGCGCUCGAGUGCGCCGUCUGCCUCAGCGAGUUCGACGACGACGAGACGCUCCGCCUGCUGCCCAAGUGUUCCCACGUGUUCCACCUGGACUGCAUCGACACCUGGCUCGCCUCGCACGUCACCUGCCCUGUCUGCCGCGCAAACCUCGUCCCCGACCCCAACGCCAGGGCCGGCGACGUGGCCGAGCUGCCGAUACCCGCGCCGCAGCCGCAAGAAUUGCCGUCGUCCGCGCCGGAUGCCGCGCCAGGGCAGGCGGCAGUGGUCAUCGACGUGGAGGAGAUGGAGGAUGAGAGGAUCGUCCGAGAGGAGGCCGCCGAGCUGAUACGCAUCGGCAGCGUCAAGCGCGCGCUGCGUUCCAAGUCCGGCCGCGCGCCCUCACGGUUCCCGCGCUCGCACUCGACGGGGCACUCGCUCGCGGCUUCGACCGGCGCGGGCGCGGGCGCGGGCGCCUGCUCCGAGAGGUUCACGCUGCGGCUGCCGGAUCACGUGCUCCGGGACCUCGCCGCGGCGGGGAAGCUCCAACGCACGAGAAGCCUCGUCGCGUUCCGCACCACGGGCGAGGGCAGCACACGCCGUGGCGCCAGAGGCGGCGGCGGGGAAGGCAGCACCCGCGGCGGGAGGAGCAUCCGGCUGGGCCAGUCCGGGAGGUGGCCGUCGUUCCUGGCGCGGACGUUUUCCGCGAGGCUCCCGGCGUGGGGGUCGAGGUCAACGCGUAGGGGCGAGGCGGACGUAUCGAGCAAGGGCGGUAAGGCGGCCGGCGCCGGCGCGAAGGCGGUGGAGUGCGACGACCAGGCGUGCGCGCUUGGACAACGUGUUUGACGCGGCUUUUUCUGUCGUGACCAAACAGUGGCUGAUAGGGAACUCUCGGUGCUUUCGUCGCCGUCGUGGUUGAAAUGGUUUCAGUAGUGGAAUUUUGGAGGGAAAGCGCUUGGUCGAUCCUUCGUCUGGAUGCGCGUUGUAUUCGUUUUUUUACAAAUACUUGUAUAUAAAACGGUGGUUUGAAACAAGGUAAAAGGGGACUCGUGGAUGGCAUUUUGGUUGUUUUAUAUUCUGUAGUAUAGUUACCGAUGUUGCAAUCAUAUUCCAUAAAGUUAGUAGCACAUGAUAUCA